CUCGCUCAACCCGCUAGUUGCCCUUACCUAUUACUUCGGUUGUUUAUUGGUUUGAGUUACUGCCGCUCCUGCCGCCUCAUCCGCGGCUACCACUACAUCCUACACCCGUCGCUUAUCGGCGGGUCCUCUUUUCCAUACGAGGAUAGGACAGGGAAGCAACAAGGUCCGAGAGCGCCCAUGGUCCGUUUAUUCCCGCCGUUACAAAUCGCUGACACUAGUGAGCAUUGCUAACAUCAACCAGGACUAUCUCUGCGGCUGCUAUUCUGGCCAGUGAAGACGAAAAGCCCCUGGGCCGCCACCACAUGGAAGAGAAUUAGCAGAACGAAAGCACAUUAUAUCUGCAGGCCGCCCAUUGUAGUCACCAUCGUAACGCAAAGCGACAACUAUUAGUAGGCAAAGUUUUGGCACGAUCGGCAGCAGAACAUCCAAGAACCGGAAAGUAGUAAUCGGGUCGCAGAGAUUUGUGGACACCAAUUAGGAUAAGCGAACAGUUCAAAAAAUCGACAGUCGGAGCGACACCCGAAAAAACCGACGAGCGAACAGACGAGAUGUUCAAUGCUGCAUUGUUAUAGGUGGACAAUGCUGCUGCAGCUAGAAGUUGCAGGAACUGGCAAUAGUUGGUAGUACUAGUAAUAAUAUUAAGACUCAAUGACCAGUGACGAUUGAAUAGAGCUAGGAGGAUUCGGGAAGGCUCUUGCUGAUGAACAUCUCUUUCCGGGGGUCAAAUCGACACUGACGGCUUUCGCGCUGAUCGACAAUUGGAUGCUGCCUGAAGCAGACUUUGUAUGCGGUGCCUCAAAAAAAAUCUUUUUGUGUCAGCGGAUACUGUUCGUGAUGUUGAUUAGUGCUCCUUUCUCUGCCGUUCGCAGUGUGUGGAACCGUAUCGAUGUUGCAGAGGUCGCAGUUGAAAAAACGCAAACCUUGUGUUUUAAACUCUCAGUAUGUUGAGAACAGACCACUGAGUACCUGCGGCAGGGAUUUUCACGACGGCAAAGUGAAAGAAAAUAGGUGAAAAAUAAACGUGGAGAAAAGUUGGCAUGCAGUUAUAGGUAUUGUACAUGUUGGAACACACACGGUGAUUCAUCGUAGUCCUCCUCCACAAGACCUCCAGCAGCCAGAACAAAGAUCAGACAGUGGCAAAAUGCCACCUUCACCCCCGAAUAAGGUAGACAAGGUUGGUUUCUGGGGUCCCCCAACCUCGACACUCGACUGGUGCGAGUACAACUAUGAAAUCAGCUUCUAUAUGGCCGAAUUCUGGAACACGGUGUCUAACUUGAUCAUGAUUGUUCCGCCUUUAUGGGGAAUCUACCUCGGCUUUAAGCACCAUAUCGGGAUGCGGAUUGUCCUCUGCUACGCCUCUUUGCUCAUUGUGGGCAUAGGAUCGUGGCUAUUCCACAUGACAUUACUUUAUCGAAUGCAGUUGAUGGAUGAAUUGCCCAUGGUAUGGGGCACCCUGGCUUCUGCCUAUGCGCUGUUCGACAUCAACUCGAGUAGGUCGCAAAUAAAUUGGUGGCUAGCUUCGCUGCUUAUAACCUACGGUAGCGUCAUCACCGUGAUUUAUAUAACCAUCAACGUGCCGAUUUUCCAUCAGGUAGCUUACGGGCUGCUGGUGACAGCUUGCUUCCUAUAUAGCUAUAUAUUAUCUAGGAAAAAGUACUUCCCGAUGCGAUGGUUUGUUCUGUCGCUGGGCCUUUAUCUUAUCGGUUUCUGUGUAUGGAACAUUGACAACGUCUUCUGUCGAAACCUUCGACACAUCCGUCAGCGACUACCUGUUAUUCUAGGGCCGAUUACGCAACUUCAUGCCUGGUGGCAUUUUUUCGCCGGCUAUGCUUCGUAUUUGUCGAUUUUGUACCUGCAACAGGCGCGGCUUACCGUUCUUAAGCGGAGAAGUUCCAUCAAAUUUGGCGUGCUUGGACUCUAUGUCAAGAUAGAUAUGGAGCGCGAUCGCGCCGAAUAGUAAUUCUGGUGAUCGCUGGAUAUUGGCUAGUCAGGCCGGUUUCCCGAGAGGGCUUCGUAAAUCUUUUCGGAACACUUCAGUGCGAUUGCUGUCGAGCACAGUUACGAGACGAUCGACUGACCGAUGGCCAAUAGAAAUGCAGGCGUUUCUGGUCAUUGGUUACAGUCGUUUGACCGCACCACUGGAUCUUGUCCGCCAGCUACCCUUAAUAGAGCACAAUGAAGGCAGUCAGUAGUAGGCGAAAACCACGCAUUUCCAAACAGUCAAGCAAACAUCUGAUUUGCUCAAACCAAACGCUAAAUCCAUGACCAACAGGCAAUAACCAGCGAGAGAUUCCAGGUGCGCAGUAUAUAAAAACCUGCCUGAUUAAUCUGAAGGUGCUACGAUGAAAAGUUCAUAUUGAAUGCUGUGCAACGGCACUAAAAACUCGAUUCUAAAUAAUACUAUCUAUCAUCCAAUCAAAAUCACUUUCAGCUUGAGCAAUUUAUAUACAAAUACAUAUAGUUACAUUUAUAUAAAGAUAUAUUUACAUCGGGCAGACUCCUACAUGUUAUACACACGAUGUCCCGAACAAAAUGCCAAAGAUUGUAUACAUUUCAUCACGUGUAAGCUCUCGUAUUGUGUCGGUUAAUAGUGAGGUACAACUUUUAUAUAAUGUAUGUUCUGACGUAUCUGAACGUGACAAGGUGCCAUUUUAUUCUGUUUUACUUGCUUACCAUUCCCUU